AAUUACCUUUUUAGGUUAUUAUCCUUUUUAUAGUAUUGUAUGGAAAUGCUCGUCUUGGGAGCCAGCCAUUUUGUGUGUGCUGUGUUGAAAUGCGUUUUACGACGUAGAUGUUGGUUUGUAUUCAGCCUAGAUGGAAGCGAAGACGUCGGAGCGGUGCAUGUGCCGGGCUCUCGGCAGCCCCUAGACGCACGAUUUCAUCCCGUGGAGCCGACGGGCUCCGGACGAGGAGCCGAAUCGCGUGAAACCCACCGUUUGCCUACGGGCUCGGCGUGUUCUUAAGCGAGCGAGGGGGAAAUCGCGCGAUUCAGGGGUGCAAAAGCGGCUUCUGGGCAGCGGGAGCGGAGCACGUCCAGGAUGGACAGAAUGACGGAAGAUGCUCUGCGCCUGAACCUCUUGAAACGGAGCUUGGACCAAGCAGAUGAUCGGGACGAUGUCCUGGCAAAGAGAUUGAAAAUGGAAGGACAUGAGGCGAUGGAGCGCCUGAAAAUGCUGGCACUGCUGAAGAGGAAAGACCUCUCGGGCAUUGAGGUGCCCCACGAGCUCCCGGUGAAACAGGAUGGUGUGAAAGUCUACGAAGAAAAGCUGAAUGGGAGCCUUAGGCCCCAUGGGGAUGGCAGGACUGCAGGGAGGCCAGGGAAGGAAAACAUUAACGAUGAGCCGGUGGAUAUGAGCGCGAGGAGAAGUGACCAGGACAGGGGACGAUUAACCCCUUCGCCAGAUAUAAUUGUCCUCUCCGAUAAUGAGGCAUCCAGUCCUCGUUCCAGCUCUCGUAUGGAGGAAAGACUUAAAGCAGCGAAUCUUGAAAUGUUUAAGGGUAAAAGCAUAGAGGAGCGACAGCAGCUCAUCAAGCAGCUUCGGGAUGAGCUACGGCUGGAGGAGGCCAGGCUCGUGUUGCUGAAGAAACUGAGGCAAAGUCAGCUGCAAAAGGAGAACGUGGUACAGAAGACUCCGGUUGUCCAGAAUGCGGCGUCUAUUGUCCAGCCAUCUCCUGCUCACGUGGGACAGCAGGGACUGUCCAAGCUUCCCUCCAGGCCUGGAGCUCAGGGGGUUGAGCCUCAGAACUUAAGGACAUUACAGGGUCACAGUGUCAUUAGGUCUGCCACAAACACGACUCUGCCCCAUAUGCUUAUGUCGCAGCGCGUGAUCGCUCCGAACCCUGCCCAGUUACAAGGGCAGCGGGUUCCUCCUAAACCUGGCCUCAUCCGCACUACAACUCCAAGCAUGAAUCCAGCCAUCAACUACCAACCGCAAUCAAGUUCUUCUGUUCCUUGCCAGCGUACGUCGUCUUCAGCCAUCUAUAUGAACCUUGCCUCUCACAUCCAGCCCGGCACUGUGAACAGGGUGUCGUCUCCGCUCCCCAGCCCCAGUGCUCUGAACGACGCCGCCAACUCCCAGGCAGCCGCCAAGCUUGCCCUGCGCAAGCAGCUGGAAAAGACGCUGCUGGAGAUCCCACCCCCGAAACCGCCCGCUCCCCUGCUGCAUUUCUUGCCCAGCGCGGCCAACAGCGAGUUCAUCUACAUGGUGGGGCUGGAGGAGGUGGUGCAGAGCGUCAUCGACAGCCAAGGGAAAAGCUGCGCGUCCCUCCUGCGUGUGGAGCCCUUUGUCUGUGCCCAGUGCCGCACCGACUUCACCCCUCACUGGAAGCAGGAGAAAAACGGGAAGAUCCUGUGCGAGCAGUGCAUGACUUCCAAUCAGAAGAAGGCGCUGAAGGCAGAGCACACCAACCGACUGAAGAACGCCUUCGUGAAAGCUUUGCAGCAGGAGCAGGAGAUCGAGCAGAGGCUACAGCAGCAGGCGGCCUUGUCCCCCACCGCGGCUCCGGCCGUCUCCAGCGUCAGCAAACAGGAGAACAUCAUGCGGCACCACACGCUCCGGCAGGCUCCGCAGCCCCAGAGCACUUUGCAGCGUGGUAUCCCCACCUCUGCCCGCUCCAUGCUUUCCAACUUUGCGCAGGCACCCCAGCUCUCCGUGGCGGGCGGUCUCCUCGGCAUGCCAGGCGUUAACAUCGCUUACCUGAAUGCUGGGAUCGGAGGCCAUAAAGCGUCGAGUUUGGCGGACCGGCAGCGGGAAUACCUUUUGGAUAUGAUCCCACCCCGCUCUAUAUCGCAGUCCAUCAGCGGACAGAAAUAACGCCUGUUGACCGUCGUGUCCCCCCCCCCCCCCAGCCCGCCCCCACCCCCCCUUUUCUCCUUCUUCCUCCCCGCUUCCGUCGCAUGCAGUGCCUGUACUGGUGCCUACCGUACACGGGGAAAAAAAAAAAAAAAAAAAAAAAGAAAAAAAGACAAAACAAACAAACAAACAAAAAAAAGAAAGAAACAGAAAAAACCCAGCAAUGAGAAAAAAACCCCCCAACAAAACAACAAAAAAAAAACCCAUUUCAAACCUUCAGCGACCUGUCCUUUUUCCAAACCUUGACUUCUUUGGUCCCCUCCAGCGGUGAGAGGUCACUCCCUUUGCCCGAGGUCAGAACAACGUCCGCUUGACAUCGGCCCUCGACAUGUGUUAAAGCUUGAUUUACGCUAUUUUUUGUAACGACAAAGCAUAGUUUUUUGGUUUUUUUUUUUUAAAUUGUGUUGUGGGGUUUGGUUUUUUUCCUUCCCCCCCCCCCUUUUUUUGUUGGGUUAUUUUUUUUUUUUCUCCCCCCUCCCUUCUUUUGCUAAAUGGAUAGUUACAAUUUUAUUUUUAUUUUUUUUUUUUUCCUUUCCAGAGACUUUGUAAGCGCGUCCGCUCGACAUUAAGUGACCGUUAUUAUUUUUUAAAGGGCAGCCUGUGCUGACUCGCGGGGAAACGGGGGGCAAAGAGCCGUGACGGGCCGGAGCCUGCACCGCCGUCCCCGGUAGGGUCCUACGAUUCUCUCGGCUCGGCGGAAGAAAUCGGGCGACGCCGACACCUUAGCUCCCGUUUUCUCUCUCUCUCUCUCUCUCUCUCUCUUCCCCCCCCUCCAACCCGCCGCCCCCGGAGGAAGGGAGCCCGGUUUGGUGAGGAACCGGAGCACCGGCGCGCGGGUUAUCGGCGCCGACCGGGGUGGGGAGCUGGGGGGGGACGGGGGGGGGACGGACACCCCCUCCCCUCCCGCCCCGCCGCCGAGGGGUGACGAUGGCGUUCGGUGGCGGGCGCGUGCCGGCGGCGCUUCUCGGCGGGCUCUAGAGCAGACUGCGAACGACCGGUGGCUUCGGGCGCGGUGAGUCCCCCCCCAACCCCACCGCCCCCCCCCCCCUUUCCCCUUUUUUUCCCCCCCACCCCUCUCCGCGCUCUUGCAUGUUCCGGAGCCGUUCGCCGUCAUCGUCUUCGUCGUCGCCCGCCGCCGCCACCGGCAUCUCGCGGACGACGGGGAUGGCACCGGGGGCUCCAGCCGGCGGUUAACGAACCCAAAGCAAGAACUAAGCCGCCCAAAGUCGUCUGAGAAACGCUCGAUUUGCACUUAACCUUCACACUAACGGGCCCUUCCCUCCUCCUCCUCCUCCUCCUCCUCCUCCUGCGCAGACAACAACCCCAGCCAGCGGAAAUUGCACCCCGGCGCCCAAAUUUGCCCAAAUCCGAGCGUCCGCGCGGGGGUUUGUGGCUCGCGGGGGGGGGGGG